AUUUUUGGUUGUAUGCAUGGGAGUCAGAUAAUGCGACUAGUAGAAAUGAAAGGUAGAAAGAGAAUCUUGUAUUACAAAUGGUUGAGGGUGCUAUUUGUCAUAGUUUUCAUCGCCGUGAAUAUGGUAUCCAGAGGGCUAACCUGCAGCUGUUGGAGAAACCGUGCAAGACUGAUCAGAGUUUUGUACAUACUCUUUCUUGGUCAGCUCGUCUCCUUUGCUCUUGCACUCUCCAGCUUCUUCUCUUCUCUCAUAGCCAAACUUGGUGUGAAUGCGCCGCUUACUCAGAGCCUUUUGGUUUACUUUGCUCUGGCUGUAGUAUAUGGGAGCAUCUUGCUGUAUAGGCGUCAGAAACUACAGGUCUCUUGGUAUUGGUAUUUCCUUUUGGGAUUUGUUGAUGUUCAGGGGAACUAUCUGUUUAACAAGGCUUUCCAGUUCUCUUCACUAACAAGUGUAACAUUAUUGGAUUGCUGCAUAGUAGGAUGGGCCAUAAUGUUGACAUGGAUGUUCAUAGGGACUCGAUAUUCCCUAGGGCAGUUAUUUGGUGCACUCAUAUGUGUGUUGGGUCUGGGUUUCGUGCUCUGCUCUGAUGCAAGGGUGGACAGUGGAGGUGGUUCAAGACCUCUACUUGGUGACAUUCUUGUCGUUAUAGGAACACUUUUCUUAUCAAUGAGCAAUGUUGGUGAGGAGUUUCUUGUUAAGAAAAAGGAUCGCGUUGAAGCAGUUACCAUGAUGGGUGUUUAUGGAUUUCUAGUGAGUUUGUGCGGGAUAUCUGUAUUAGAGCCAAAGCACUUGGAGUCAGUCAAGUGUUCCACAGAAAUUAUAUUAGCACUUGCUGGCUUUGUUCUCUCGGGCAUUUUAUUUUAUACCAUUGCUCCAUUCGUUCUCAAGCAAAGUGGAGCCACUGUGUUCACCCUCUCCUGUCUCACAUCUGAUAUGUGGGCUGUUGUGUUUCGCAUCUUUCUCUACAACCAGCAGGUUGACUGGUCAUACUAUAUAGCUUUUGCAACCAUACUUGUCGGCCUCAUCAUAUAUUCCACAACUGGAAAUGAUGAUUCUGUUCCUUUACCAGCAUUAGAAGAUGGAGAUACCAAUACUCAAUACCAACUACUUAAUGACGAAAAUGGUGGAUCAACAAAAGAGUCUUUGAUUUUCUGAGGGGCACAGAGAAAAGCUAUAGACCGUUUAUAAAUUGUAUGUUAAUAUCAGCACCACGCUAAAUUUUUUAAAGGGCAUCAAAUGUUUUAUAUGCUGGUCUUAAUUUAUAAUUGCAAAGACCAGGAGCUUUAAUAUUUCGUAAAGAUUAGUUCAGCUCUUCAUUUAUAUAAAAUUCAGAAAAAUGAUUCUCUCUA